UGUUGUAGAUGGGAUAUGGAAAAACUGAUCUCAAACGAGCACAUUAAGAAACUCCAGUACUCUCACUUAUAUAUAUGCGCUCAUAAUUAUGACAGCGGAUUAAAAUCCAAAACUCUGGUCACUGUCGGAACAGCUGCAUCUAAUGAUGAAAAUUUACAUGAAAUAAAUUUGAAUAACUCAAAUGAGGAAAAUGCAAUUGUAGAACAUACUGACUUAAAUGGCAACUCUCUCUUGCAAAGCGCCAAUACUCAAGCCAUUGCUAGCGAUUCUAUUUUAAUCCAAGCGGCUUCUUCAUUUUCUGCAUUGCCUUCGGUGGCAUCCAAUGUGUUUUCCACGUUUUCAAAACGGAUUUCGGGUAUAUCAAGUCGCGAUACUACGACAACUGAGGAUAGUAGCUCAUUUCAACAACCUGGGUUAGGGAAAGUGAAUACGCAAAGCUCGAGUAUACCACAACCUAAUCAACAAUUACCUUCGUCAAGCCAAUUAUAUAAUCCACCACAAGGUGAUCUCUAUUCGCAAAGCAUUUUGACUAACGAAGAGGAAUUACUUCAUAAUUUACCGCUCGCGAAGACGCCUAAAUUGUACACGCCGACCGAUAUAGCUGUUCUACCAGCACCGUGUGCUCCUCCACCAUCAACGGGCAAUGGUCAUAAUACUUUCCGCUUAAAUGCUAAAAGAAAGCUGUAUGCUCCCAUUCCGGACCUUUCUGAACAAAAUAUACAGUCAUCACAAAUUCUAGAUUCUUUGACCACAAAUAGCGCGCCUAACGAUUUCCCCCAACCAUUUCCACCUUCGUCGUGUUGCAAUCCGAAGCCAGAAGAAGGUAAGGUCGGCGCGGGUCUUUUUUCUAAUAUUACCAAUUUGGUGCCCGCGGGAGUUUUACAAAAUAUAUCCGGAUUAGUGCAAUCGGCCACGGGAAGUAUAACACAUACCAAUAAGUCAGACACUUCCCCGAAUAACAAUCCAUUUUUAAAGCCAAACAAGUCAGGCUUCGAUGUGUUUUCUUCCACAAACCCUGCAUCGUGUACAGAAACAACUCCUCUAUUUAGUGCUAACAAACAAAUUUGUCCAGAAUCUAUAUCGGUAAAUUUUUUUGAUAAUCAAGUACCUGACAAUUCUGCCAAUAUUUCAGAUUCAUUUGUGGGUAAUUCACAAAAUCAGGCAUUAGAAACAUCUGAAUCGUCCCAAUAUUCCGUCCCGCAGACAGAAACUAGUUCCGAAUCUUCUAUUAUUGGUUUCGAUUCUAAAAAAGGCGAAAUAAAUUUAUCCAAAUCAUAUACUUCAGCGCAACCAAUUACAGAUAUUAAAACGACUGUAAACUUUUUUCAUCCAGAAUCCUCUACAACGCCAAUUCGACCAAGCAGACCUUCCUCUCGAAAAAACAUUACACCACUACUAUCUGGGCAAGCACCAUCGUCGGUUCCUGGUGAAAGUCCGUUUAAUACCAGUUCACAACAAUUUAUAAAACAUUUUGAUCCCAGUAAAAUAUCAAGUACAACAACAUCUGCUAGCACGCCAUUAGAACCACCCCCCCGGGCUGGAAAGGCUUCUUUUCGUUUACAAAAAGGGACUAAACUGUACAAAAAUCCCUUUGAACCCCAAGACACAUCCCCAGCUUCAGUGACUACUAUAUUAGGACAACAAUUUAUACCUGUCUUACGACCAAGUACACAAAGUCAAAGUCUGCUUCAACAAUUUAUACCUCAUCUCCACAUACCGGUGCCGACAUGUAGUCAGGAAAAAAAUUCUUCAGCUAUCACACAAAGCGUCCCCUUAUUACCUUUGUCUAUAGAAGACACCGAUCACGCCCAAAAAGUAAUUAACAGAACGAACGAUAGAAGCCCUGCUACUUUAACAAAUCAACAAGCAAUCACUGAUUUUAAUACGCUUACUGCACAAGAGAACUUUGAUAAGCAACAUUCAACUUCGAAAGUUGUAAUAAUUGACGAUUCUCCUGAUUCAAAGAUUGUUCAAAUCGGGAAACUAGCAAUAGAAUCAAUUCAACCGGAGAACAAAGAGAAGGAAAAAGAAAAUUCUGAUAAAGUAACUGAAGAUAUCGGCGCAGCUCCUAAUACACAUUGGGACAAGUCCGCAGUUACUUCAUCUUUUACACAAACCGUGGAUUUGAACCGAAACUCGGGCAAUUUGGGAUUAGAGACUCCAAUUGAAUUGUCAGAAACAUCUCUUAUAGGUAAUCCCUUAAGUCAACUUUCUAAAGUUUGCGAAACUGGUUUAGGCAAUCCAUAUCGUCGAAGUCCAACCACUUCAAAAGCAAAACCUUCCCAGCCUAUCUUAACAAAUUUCUUUGCACCGCCUACAGCCGACGAUUGUUCGACGAACUUCAAUUUUUUUGCUACUUUUCCGACAAUAGAUGCGGAAUCAAAUCUUAAUCAACCUAUCAAUAAAAGUGAAAACACUAUUGACUCAGCCAACUUUUUCUUCGACCCUAACGCACUCAACUUUAUAAAUUCAAAUAUAAUAAGAAAGCCCGAACAGAGCUUAGAUACUGACGUUUCUAUUGAAAAUCAAAAAACCUGCAAAGAAUCAGGUCAAUCGAAGGCGAAAUCUACUGCAACAUGUUCGCUCUCCGCUGCUGUUAAAGAAAUCUUCAAGAGUGAACGUGAUCUGAUUUCAGAUGACAACAAGGAUAAAUCAAUUUUGAAAUCUUCACCAUCCCAAAUUAUAACAUCAUUUAAUUUUUCAACAUCGUGUGAGUCAACCAAUUCAGAAGUUUUCAAACCAACACCGCAGAUAUCGUCAUCUCUACCACUAUUAACACCACUCCCAUCUGCCGAACAUAAGGUGAUACCCAGUUACGCAGAGAAAAAGGCAAAUGUAGCUAAACAUCAAGGUGAAACUACGUUAGAUACGAAAAUACCACCGCCUAUCGGUUUUGAAAGUUUAAUAACCGACCCUGCGGAGCAAUCGACAUUUUCUUCUCUUACGGAUGUAUUUACAACAGAAAUUAAAACUUCAAAAGCUGAUCAACAGAAAGAAGUUUUACCUGUCAAUACAUUUUUAAAUUAUUUCAAUCAACCGGACCAAACGAAAAAAGAAAUAGAUUCUACGACUUUUUUUGAUAAUUUCAAUCAACAGAAACCAACAAUUUCAAUAGUUCCUGAUCGCAACGAAGAGCAACGGUUACAAAACUUUUUCAACAACCCACCAAAUGAGACAGGAGAUCUAAAUUACAAUCUUAUUCACAGCGGUUUAACCAAUAAAGAUCUGAUCCAGCGUUCGACAUCGACUUCAAUUCAGGUGGAACCGCCUUCUUCAUCGUGUUCGGAAUUUUCAGAAUUCAUUAACAACACAACGGCGUUUUUGAAGUCGAAGAUUUAUUCAGAGCAAUUGCUGAAGGAAAGUAAAGAAAAAUUUCAUAAAAAAGAGCCUACAACGACUCCAGUAGAGGAUUGCACGAAAAUUGAGAGUGUUAGAGCGAAAAAUUGGGAGGAAUUACCCGAAGAAAUUUUAAAGGAAUUACGUAUGGCUAAUCUUCUUUCCAGCAGCAAAGGGGUUACGACUCCCAACGCACACGGUUCGUACAAACAAGUCAUCAAGCACUGGUUCUUCAAACGCAUCGUAGGUGGUAAACAAGUUUGGACUCCUUUUAGUCACUAUGAUUCAGCUUUACUGGAAACUAGUGUACUCUCCAAAGGUGACAACAUAGUUGCCGUCGAAGGUGGUCGAUAUGACGUCUAUAUCAAGGAACGUAAAAAGUUUAGUGUCUAUUGGGAUAGUGAACCGAUUGAGGUACGUCGUUGCUCGUGGUUCUAUAAAGCCACUGAUUCCAAGUAUGUGCCUUAUGAAGAAGAAACUUCUGAUCUGUUGGAAGCUGAGUAUAAAUCGGCGACGGAAAGUGGUCAAUGGCAUAAUACAAUUAUUCUGAGUAUGGGCGAGCAAGUUGUAUUUCACGGACCAACAGUGAUAGUUCAUUUUCAACAACAACAAAAUACUGACGCUUGGGGAGGUAGUUCGCAAACAACUUCCAGACCUCGUGUAGUUAAACGCGAUUUGGACGAUUUCAAUAUUGAACAGGGUGAAUGUCACAAAGUAGAUCAUUUGUUAUUCAUGGUCCAUGGCAUAGGUUCUGUAUGUGAUCUCAAAUUACGAACGGUGGAAGAAGUGGUGGAAGAUUUUCGUGCGAUAGCAAGACAAUUGGUGCAAUCACAUUAUAAAAAUUCUAUUGAAAUGGGUUCGGUUGGACGUGUAGAAGUUUUGCCGGUCUCAUGGCAUAGCGAUCUGCAUUCUAGAGAAGUAGGCAUCGAUGAACAAUUGAAAUCCAUUACCCUAGAAUCAAUACCCAAAUUGCGCAACUUUACUAAUGAUACUUUGUUAGAUGUACUGUUUUAUACGAGCCCAACAUACUGUCAAAAGAUUAUGAACACUGUAGCCACCUCCAUGAAUGCAACGUAUACAAAAUAUCGUGAACGAAAUCCGGAUUUUAAUGGUGGCGUCUCCUUAGCUGGCCAUAGCUUAGGGUCUCUGAUAUUAUUCGAUUUGCUGUGUCAUCAAAAUCCCUUAAAAGAAAAUGAAGAGGAAAAUCUGAAAAAUCUUGAUCAACCUUUCAUGACAAUGCAGUCACGUGGCGAUAUGAACCAAACGGUUUUAAGAGGGGGGUUGGCUUUGGAACCACAACAGAUAACCUAUAGUAUGGGUCCUGCUGGAUCAAGACAGCCCUUUAUCCAAUAUGUGCAGCUGAUAUUUCAACCGAAAAAAUUCUUUGCUUUAGGUUCCCCAAUAGGCAUGUUUGUUACCAUCCGUGGUAUUGAUAAGCUAGGUUUGGAUUUUCGUUUGCCCACUUGCACUGGAUUUUACAAUAUUUUUCAUCCUUACGAUCCGGUUGCUUAUCGUAUUGAAGCGUUAAUUAAUCCCGAUUUAAGUGGUAUUCGCCCAGUUUUAAUAUCUCACCAUAAAGGUCGUAAGCGCAUGCAUUUGGAACUAAAAGAGACCAUGACACGAGUUAGUAUGGAUUUAAAAAACCGAUUUUUUGAUCGUUUCAAAAGUACUUUAGAAAGUGUAGAUAUAUUUGGUUUAACUAGUAAGUCUAGAAAAGAGGCUGAAGAAUUAAUGGAAAUGGAGGUGGAAAAGGUAAUCGAAAUGCAAAGACACUUGGAAGAAAAUGAAGGCGAUAACCAAACAGCAAAUGAUAAUAGUAAAUCCAAUGUGCCUAAAACAGCACCACGUAUAAGAACUGAUUCAAAUUCUACAGGGAUUUCUGACGAUAUGAUUGAAAUCGAUUUUCCUUUGGGUAAACUUAAUGAUUCGAAACGCGUUGAUUACGUGUUGCAAGAGGCACCUUUGGAAUUCUUUAACGAAUAUAUAUUUGCUUUAAGUAGUCACGUAUGUUAUUGGGAUUCGGAGGAUACGAUUUUAUUUGUUAUGAAAGAAAUUUAUGCUGGUUUAGGCGUAACCCCCGAUAGCCAGGUACCACAGCAGACAAUGACGAUUGAAAGACCCAGUUCUUGCAAUAGUCUUUCGCAGGCGUCAAUCUCUUUAAGUGGUUCGUAAUCAAAUAUAGGAAUGAGAAACCAGGAAUCUAUGAGAGUCUUAUUUUUUUAAUUUUUAAGUUUUAUUGAAAUCCUUAUAUUUGAUAGACAAAACUCGACAAAAAAAUUGUUGAAAAAUGUAUUUCUACAUAUAAAAAAAGGAAAAACUUGUCUUUUGGUUGCGGUAUAUUUGUCUUAAUUUGUUUUCUUAAUGAUAAUAAAGCUCUGUUGAAUUGUAA